AUCCAACAUGGUGGCAUAGCCAACAAUAUCUAACAUCGCCCUAUCGUCAGGUGUAAAAUGCAUCGCCAGCAAAGGGAUCGCCACUAACGUUAACGUUACUGGUCUAAUGCCGUUACAGUUACUAUACAUGUGAUAAAGAGCAACUAACAGUGUGCCAGACGUUGCAUAACACCUCAGUAACGGGCAUCUCCCAAGAUAUUGAAUAUCCACACCCACUCCUACACAUUUCCCCACGUUAACUCUGGUGUUUUUAUCGAGGUUAUCAGAAGGAUCAUGAUUUCCUACAUGUCUGUGCGCUCCAACCAGGUAUUACAGAAAACAAAUCUGGCUGUGUGGAGAGCAUGGAGGUCAUUGAAGUUAAGCGUGCACUGUUCUACAGUUUGUGUAUCUUCUGGUCCCGGUCCCCUGGACAGAUCUGAAGAACUGUCUCCUGUUUCAGUCGAAAAGCCUCCUCAUAUGCCUGUCAUGUUGAAAGAGGUGCUUCAUUACUUAGACAUCCAACUAGGUCAGGUGGUCCUGGACAUGACAUUUGGAGGUGGUGGUCAUACCAAAGCAAUACUGAAUACGGUUCCUGAAGUCACAGUCCUGGCCUUAGACCGAGAUCCUACAGCAAUUUUACUGGCUGAGCAGUUAGCCAAGGAACACUCUGGUCGUGUGAAACCAUUGCUUGGCCGAUUCAGCGAGCUUGAAACCCUCCUGUCUAACAUGAACAUCAAGCCAGGCAGCGUUGAUGCUGUCCUGUUGGAUGCUGGCUGCUCCUCCAUGCAGAUGGAUGAGGCAGAGCGAGGCUUCUCCAUCAGCAAGGAUGGGCCCUUGGAUAUGAGAAUGGAUGGAGAGAGGUACCCCGACAUGCCCUGCGCCGCUGACGUUGUGAAUACCUUAGAUCAACAGGCUCUUGCAUCCAUCCUCACUGCAUAUGGGGAAGAAAGACACUCCAGGAAAAUAGCUUCAGCCAUUGUGGAGGCACGCCGUGUCAACCCCCUCACCCGGACACAGCAGCUGGCCAGCGUGGUUGCAGGAUCGCUUCCUGCUGCUGUCGCCUAUGCACGUAAAGACAGACUACACCGACCUGCACAUGUGGCCACUAAGACCUUCCAAGCUCUGCGUAUCUUUGUGAAUGAUGAGCUGAACGAACUACAUGCAGGCCUGCGUGCUGCCCAAGAAGUACUGAGACCCGGAGGACGUCUCUGCGUGCUCACCUUUCAUUCGCUAGAAGACAGACUGGUCAAACGUUUCCUCCAGGGAGAGGACUUGUCUAAUCUAGAUCAGUAUCACUUCAGCCCAAGGAAGCAAGGCAUCUGGAAGGAAAAACAAGCCAGCAAAAGUGUUUAUUGGCUUCCUCUGCGAAGAAAAGUUAUCACCCCAGAAAAGGACGAUGUAAAAGAGAAUCCUCGAGGACGCUCCGCUAAAUUGAGGGCAGCACUCAGACGUUAAUCAUGAGAGAACAAAAAUCCUUCCUCUUUCAGUCAAAAUGUGUGAGGUUUUUUACAUCCGGAGUAACUUUUUUUAGAGUAAACGCAAGCAAAGGGUGUAGACGCAGUUACAUAAUAAGUCUCCACUGUACUGCUGUGGAUGUUUUUUUGUUGUUGUUUCUUGACUGUAAAGCUAAAUAUUUUUUGGACUUGGAUGCUCAAAAACUGUUUCUAAACGUAAAUCCACCACAGCAGAGACCCAGGUAGCCUGGUAGCAGUACCUCUGGCUCCGUUGUGUGUUCCAGUGAACACAAUUACCUGUGUUUGCUGGUGGGAAGCCAGUGAGGGUUGUCGUCCGUGACGCUGCAUUAUUGACUCCUACUAGUUGGUUAGAGCACUGCACAGUAAUGGAUGAAUUCUGGGAAAGAAUAAAACUCCCACACAAUAUGCACACGGGUUGGAGCUCAGAUUUAUAAAAAUUUUUUAUAGCCAGGUUAAAAACAAUAACUGGCGACACCAUGUGUCACAAAUGUAGCACACGUCUGCACAUCUACCCAGGACAAAAUUGAAAGUUAGCAGUGACAAAAACUGCGGCAAAAACAAGACUUUUGAAAUUGAGAUAAAACUGGCAAUAGAAACAAAAAAGUUAAAUACAUAACAAAAUAAUCUAAAUUUAAACGUCCACUCAAUCAUUUUCACAGCUUUUACUUGCAUCUCAGUAAAUUGCGCUGGUUCAGGUGUCUGGGACCGGUGUGUGGAACCUUUGUCAUAUAAUAUAGCAUUUUACAACACUCGGGUCACCCGAUGGCUGGCCAUAACCUUUAUCUCUAACUGAAUCAGUGCCAUUUCCAAAUGCGUUUGAGAGCUCUGUAGUGGACUUUUGAUCAAAGAUUAUUUUGCUAUAUAAACUAUUCGCAAAAGUAAAUAAUGUUCUUCCAUUCUUGAAAAACACCACAGCUGAACUGAAGACACAGAACAACUUAGGAGAAGCUGCUUAUGUUUACAGGUAAAUAUGAUGUAUUAACAAUUUUUAAUUGUUAAUAUAUAAAUAUAAAAUACAGUUGUAUCUUAUAUCUUCUUCCAGAAGAAAAACUUAUUAUUGUUAUAUUAAGAGGUUGCCACUUAUCAACCCCAAUCUUGCUGGGCAGCAGUAUGUGUUACUCUCAUCUUGCCUUAGUACUGAGAAAACUGUCCAAACUCAAGUCACUCACAAAGUAUAUGAAUGUGUUAGGCUGGGUUUUCAAACUCGAAUGCUGUACUCCGACUCAGAGACUCAGAGUUGGGGAAUCGAAACUGGGUUUUGUUAACAGUAUGCUGGAUGUGACAGGCUGGGUCCAGAGAGUGUGGGGUCCAGGGGUAGCACUGGGCUUGGAAUCCGGGCAGUCCGAGGGGCAUGGGCCCACAGUCCCGGGUAUGCGUGAGCAGGAGUGGAGAAGUGGCAGGAGACGGGCCAGGCGGGGAGAUCUGCAGCACAAAAGAACAGGGUUAGCAGGGAACAGGCACAAGAACUAGUCUUAGGUUUGAACAGCUUGAAUGUGACUGACUAGUAACGUGAGUCUACGAUCUGGCGCUGCCUGGAGGCAAGGACCUGGUAGGCUGAUGGCUGGCGGCUGGUAGCUGGUAACAGGCUCCUGCGAACCUGACUCCACUCCUGCAAAAAAGGGACACACAAACACACACACCCCCACCCACCCCCUACCCGGGAACAAGGGGCCUGACAGAAAGCUGGUUAAAGUGUGAAGUGUUUAAUGAAAAUAUUAUUGUGGUAAAUACGUUUUAUACCUAAAUAAAAGUAUGUGACCUUUG